AUGAAUACUGCAAAGGUCAUCUUCCUCCUCGUGGGUCUCGUUGCCUCUGUCCUCGGCGACGGAGGUCAUCUGGGAAACCACCUGGGGGGGGGCUUCAUCGGGGGGGGACACCUGGGGGCCGCAGUGCACGGGGGGGGGCUGAUCCACGGCGGGGUCGUGCACGGACACGUCGCUCCCGUGUACCCGCCGGCUCCCCCACACUACAACUUCGAGUACGCUGUUCAAGAUGACUACCAAGGCACCAACUUCGGACACGCAGAGGCUCGCGACGGCUACAAAACAGAGGGCUCCUACUUCGUGCACCUCCCCGACGGGCGCCUCCAGACGGUCAAGUACUACGCAGACGAACACGGUUACCAUCCCGAAGUAACCUACUCGGGUACAGCUCACUUCGACGCCCAUGUGCCAGUCCAUGCCGCUGUGCCUGUGUAUCAUUAGGGACCCCCGUACUGCGUCUAUUGGCCAACUGAGUAAAGGAAUAUUGUGAUAAUGAGAACCUGAUUUUUAAAAGGUCUAUUUUUGUACUGUCGUGGUAUUUAUUGUGUUCAGGUUAUGUGUGAUGCAGGUGGGGUAGGUGGGUUAAAACGAGGACUUAGCUGUUUAUUUUCUA